CAGCCCCCAGACUCCAAAAUGCUCUAGCCGUGUAUAUGUGUAGGUUGUCUAAAAUCGGAUCUUCCCGUCUCUACACUGCAGGUCACGUCUACGCUGAGCAUGUUGAUUCUCAUCAUGAGUGAACUAGAGACGAACCUUGUCUCCAUUGAGCGCGUAGCCGAAUACGCGACGAUACCGCAAGAGGCGCCGUGGCGAUCGGAUGAUGGUGAUGAGCUCCAGCCACCACCUGAUGAGUGGCCGGAAAAGGGAGAGAUGGAAUUUGAGGACUACUCCCUGCGCUACAGGUCCGGACUUCCGCUCGUUCUGCGGAAGGUCACGGCCAACAUCCAGGGCCAGGAGAAGAUUGGGAUUUGCGGGAGAACCGGAGCCGGAAAGAGUUCCCUCACGCUGGCUCUCUUCCGUUUAGUCGAAGCUGCGGAGGGAUCAAUCAUGAUAGACGGCCGAAACAUCGCUUGG